AUGGCAUUCAUAAUUCCAAGGACAUUGUCAAGAAAAUAUUUACAUAAUGCUAUAUCGUCCAAUUUCAAAUAUUCUAGUCUUGCAAAUCAACGUCAAAUACUGGUAAACGAUAAGCCGAAAAUUGUUGUCAUCACAAAGAACCGUUUCUUUUCUACUGAACAGAUUAAUCAAAAAUCAUCAAAAAACAGUAAUAUUACUGAGAAUACGGCGCAAAAACAAGCAUAUGAAUCAUAUAAACAAGAUAAAUCUUUUGAAUUUUCCACUCAAAAGACAAACGAAUAUAAAAAGCCAACCUUACCAGCGUUUCCUUUAGUAUUAAUUUUUACAACAUCUGCAAUCACAUUUCUUGGGUUAUACCACUAUUUUUUUUCUGCGGUUUAUAAAUAUCCUGAAGAAAUUCGUAAAAAUCUUCGAAAAGGCUUAUAUUAUCAAAAUUACAGAAAUGAUCCAAAUCGUGCUGUUAAUUAUUACCAAACUGCUUUAAAUGAUGCUUUUAAUCAUGCAGAAUUAGACAAUGCGUCUCCGGAAGUUACCGGAAUUAUGAUUCAGCUGGGAAGUUUAUAUGAAGAACUUGGCCGAAUACGUGAGGCUACGGAUGUUUUUACAAUGGCAUAUGAUGCUAUUGUUACUCCGAAUAAUACUCCCGUAAAACUGGAUGGGAAAAUAAAACUAAAGUCGAUUGGAUUAGCGCAAAAAUUGGGCGAUUUGCAUCAAAGUUUAAAACAAGAUGAGCAAGCAGAAAAGUAUUUCAUAUGGUCCGUAGAACAACUUUUGCAAUCACAUUCCGAAGUAGCUCAUUUAAAUCAUGAUAACAGCAAUCGCAAUAGUCUAUUUUCAAAGAAAAUUGACAUGACUCUCCCACCAUGGAUGACAUUUACUGACUUCGGUGCUUCUCUUGAAGCUCUUGCAGCUUUUUAUUCUUCGCGACACAAAUACGCUUAUGCUCUCCCACUUUAUCUUCGUGCUUUAUCAUUGAUUAAUCCGCCCGAGUCUUCUUGUCAUUCAGCCGUUCUUAUGAAUAACAUAUCGGAAGUAUUCACCGGAAUGGGUAAUUUGGAAGAAGCACGAGGGUGGGCUGAACGUGGAUUAAAACUCGUUGAAAAUUUUAAUAAAAAAAAGAAAACUAGAGAAUGUGAUGAAAGUUGUGGAGUAUUACUAUUCAAUUUAGGAAUGAUUUCAGAGUUAUCGGGAAAUGUUAUUAAGGCAAGUGAAUAUUACAAAAAAGCUCAUAAUCUUGCAAAGAAAAUUAAUUUCUCAGAUUGUAUAAAUGAAGCUGAACUUGCAUUGAAAAGGAUUAAUAUAAAUUAG